CGCCUGGACUCUGCGGGAUCUGCCUCCGCCCCCGGAUGGGCCGGGAGGGUGGGCGGAGCUAGCUGGAGCCCGCGCCGGGCGCGCCCGCAGCCCGCCUAGGCGCCGGCAGUCCCCGGCCGUAGAGCGCGACGCUCCCCCGGAGCUGCGGCUGCCAGGUCUGGGGUCCUGAGGCGGCUGGCAGACUAUGGGUACAACAGCAAGCACGGCCCAGCAGACAGUCUCGGCAGGCACCUCCUUAGAGGGCCUGCAGGGCGGCAGCGCCAUGGAUGGCAGGCAUUCCCUCAGUGUGCAGUCCUUCCACACCACAAGCUUGCACAACAGCAAGGCCAAGUCCAUCAUCCCCAACAAGGUGGCCCCUGUUGUGAUCACGUACAACUGCAAGGAAGAGUUCCAGAUCCACGAGGAGCUGCUCAAGGCCCAUUACAGGAUGGGCAGGCUCUCAGAUGCCAGCCCUGAGCACUACCUGGUGCAGGGUCGCUAUUUCCUGGUGCGUGACGUCACUGAGAAGAUGGACACGCUGGGCACCUUGGGGAGCUGUGGGGCUCCCAACUUCCGGCAGGUGCGGGGCGGACUCCCUGUGUUUGGCAUGGGACAGCCCAGCCUCCUGGGGUUCAGGAGGGUCCUGCAGAAACUCCAGAAGGACGGGCACAAGGAGUGCAUCAUCUUCUGUGUGCGGGAGGAGCCUGUGCUGUUCUUGCGCGCUGAGGAGGACUUCGUGUCCUACACACCCCGAGACAAGGAGAGCCUUCGUGAGAACCUCAGGGGCCCUGGGCCGGGGGUCAAGGCUGAGAGCCUGGAGCUGGCCAUCCGGAAGGAGAUCCACGACUUUGCCCAGCUGAGAGAGAACACGUACCACGUGUACCACAACACAGAGGACCUGCGUGGGGAGCCGCGCACUGUGGCCAUCCGAGGUGAGGAUGAUGUGCACGUGACCGAGGAGGUGUAUAAGCGGCCGCUGUUCCUGCAGCCCACCUACAGGUAUCACCGUCUCCCCCUGCCAGAGCAAGGGGCCCCCCUGGAAGCCCAGUUUGAUGCCUUUGUUAGUGUCCUCCGGGAGACCCCCAGCCUCCUGCGGCUCCGAGAUACCCACGGGCUUCCCCCUGCCCUCCUGUUCAGCUGCCAGUCAGGUGUGGGCAGGACCAACCUGGGCAUGGUCCUGGGUACCCUUGUGCUGUUCCACCACGGUAGAACCUCCUCCCAGCCAGAGGCUGCCUCCUUGCUGACCAAACCCCUGCCCAUGGAGCAGUUUCAAGUGAUUCAAGGCUUCAUCAGCAUGGUGCCCCAGGGGAGGAAGAUGGUAGAGGAGGUGGAUCGCGCUGUCACUGCCUGUGCAGAGCUGCAUGACCUGAAGGAAGAGGUCCUAAAGAACCAGAGGAAGCUGGAAGGCAUCCGGCCAGAGAGCCCAGCGCAGGGAAGCGGCACCCAGCAUGCUGUCCAACAGAGGGCGCUGCGGAGCCUGGAGCUGUACUUCUACCUGAUUCUGUUCAACUACUAUCUGCAUGAGCAGUACCCGCUGGCCUUCGCCCUCAGUUUCAGUCGAUGGCUGUGUACCCACCCUGAGCUGUACCGUCUGCCCGUGAUGCUGAGUUCAGUGGGGCCCCUGGCCCCUGGGGACCUCAUCGCCAAGGGUUCCCUGGAAGCAGACGAUCUUGUUUCCCCGGAUGAGCUCAGCACCGUCAGAGAGAUGGACGUCGCCAACUUCCGGCGUGUACCCCGCAUGCCUAUCUAUGGCACCGCCCAGCCCAGUGCCAAGGCCCUAGGCAGCAUCCUGGCCUACCUGUCUGAUGCCAAGAGGAAGCUCCGGCAGGUGGUCUGGAUCAACCUGAGGGAGGAGGUUGUACUGGAGUGUGAUGGUCACAUCCACAGCCUGUGGCCACCUGGACCAACCCUGGCCCCUGAGCAGCUGGAGGCCCUGGAGGCCCAGCUGAAGGCCCACCUGAGUGCUCCUGCCCCCAACACGAAGAACCCUACCACCCCCAGGUUCCAGAAGUGCCUGACCACACAGGAGGUCUUCAGCCAGCACCAGGGGGCCUGCCUUGGCCUUACCUACCACCGUAUUCCUGUACCAGACUUCUGCGCCCCCCGGGAGGAGGACUUUGACCGGCUGCUUGAGGCCAUGCGGGCUGCUCUCUCCAAGGACCCAGACGUAGGCUUUGUCUUCAGCUGCCUUAGCGGCCAGGGCCGGACCACAACUGCCAUGGUGGUGGCUGUGCUGGCCUGCUGGCACAUCGGGGGCUGUCCCGAGGUGGGCGAGGAGGAGCUAGUGAGCGUGCCUGAUGCCAAGUUCACCAAGGGCGAGUUUCAGGUGGUGAUGAAGGUGGUACAGCUGCUGCCUGAUGGCCACCAUGUGAAGAAGGAGGUGGAUGCGGCGCUGGACACUGUCAGCGAGACCAUGACACCUAUGCAUUACCACCUUCGGGAGAUCAUUAUCUGUACCUACCGACAGGCAAAGGCCACCAAAGAGGCCCAGGAGGCUCGGCGGUUACAGCUGAGGAGCCUGCAGUACCUGGAGCGCUACAUCUACCUGAUCCUCUUCAAUGCCUACCUCCGCCUGGAGAAGGCCAGCUCCUGGCAGAGGCCCUUCGGCACCUGGAUGCGGGAGGUGGCAACCAAAGCUGGCAUCUACGAGAUCCUCAACCAACUGGGCUUCCCUGAGCUGGAAAGCGUGGAAGACCAGCCCCUGUCAAGGCUCCGCCACCGCUGGCAGGAGCAGAGCCGAGACCCGGAGCCCUGUGACGUCGGGGACUUCCUGUAGACCUCCUUCUUGCUCCAUGACAGGCAGGCUGGGGGCCUGAGGCUCUCAUUUGCUCCAGAUGAACACUGGCCGGCUUCCUGGAGAGAUUGAGGGGCCAAGAGCCUUUGGAAAGAGGUUUUUGUAGGCUGUGUAGAUGGCACAGCCAUUGUCUGUAAACCCUUGGGGUAUGUAAUGGCCUCUGGCAAGGCCCAGCAUGUGUACCUCACAGACCAGCUAGCGAACAGCCUCCAGGGAGUCCGCUCCCCACACAGCCAGUCACCACCACUGUCCUCUUCUUACUGUCUUCAGACUUCUUACUCUUCAUCAGACUGCCUAGGUGGGCAGCAGGCUGGCCAUGUUCGUUUUUGUUUUUGGUUUUUUUUUUUUUUUUGGUUUUUCGAGACAGGGUUCUCUGUGUAGCUUUGCGCCUUUCCUGGAACUCACUUGGUAGCCCGGGCUGGCCUCGAACUCACAGAGAUCCGCCUGGCUCUGCCUCCCGAGUGCUGGGAUUAAAGGCUUGCGCCACCACCGCCCGGCUUGUUUUUUUUUAAACUUCCUUCCUCUGGCUGGCUUCAUCUUGCUUCCUCACACUUUCAACCUAAGCAGCUGCCUGAGGUAGGCGAAGGGGAUGGCGAGCUGGGCAGGUCCACGUUAAAGGCAGCUCUGCCCAGCUCCUCCUGGCUCAUGAGUGUCGCCAGCCUGGAAGACUGUGAGGCGAGCUCUCCCCCCACUCCCCUCCCCACCCCGGCUUCCUUCUCUAGACUGGCAGAGGUGGAAGUUCCCGGGGCGUUGGAAAUAUCAGGGAGACCCUCCCAGUGUGGGGAAAGGGCGGGUGGAGGCCAGUGAGGCCGUGAAGAGGAGGGAGCUGUGUGUCGGAAGCCUGUUGGCAGGGUCAAGGGUGACCCUUGGGAGGAAGUGGAGGGUAAGACAGACAGGGCCAUGGUGGCUUGUCGGGCCUCAGAUUCCAGGUCCGCCCUUGCCGGGACCCCUGAGCUGCUUCCUUGGGACGCUGCUGAGUUCUGACCAGUUUUGUUCACUCAGUAGGAAGGCGAGCAUAGAGGGCUGUGUUUGGCGAGUCUUGGCUGGGUCUGUCUGUAGUUUGCUCCAUCCAGGGGUUGCACAUCUGGGAGCUUGGUUACCUGUCUGACUCUGUGGGGACAGGGAUGAGUCUCUGAGGCUCCUGUCCUUCAGCAGGAAGGUGGAAAGACCUGUCAGCUGUUUGCUGUAAUAUUUGAAGAGGCCAAAAGUUGUUUCCUGCCUGGGGAAGUAGUGACCCUCUUAGCCAACUUCUUUUGCAAGCUGCUGUAUGUCUGUUCACGGCUUCUCAGGUUUGCUGGUGUCUGCUUUGUGCAUAUCAGUUAUUUUCAGAUAAGUAGCCAAGGAGUCAGAGACCAGAGAGGGGCCCUUCACACUCUCAUGGUUGGCACUGACUUGGAGAUAUGCUGGGACCACUGGCGGAUCACUUUACCUCUCUCCCUCAGUUUCCCCAUCUGCAAAAUGGGAGAAUAAUACUUGCCUACCUACCUCACAGGGAUGUUGUGAGGAAUCCUUUAUGGUUUUUUUGUUUUUGUUUUUUGUACAGAGCUUUUGAGCAUUAAAAACAGUAUAAACGUUCA